GAUCUACAGAUCAUAUUAGAUUUUCAGCGGCUGUGGGAAGUUUGUUGCCAGGUGUCUCUGCGCUACACGAAGCCGAACCUCGCGCCGGGACCAGCAGCAGAACGCUGAACCGGACAGACAGGAGACCAUGAGCUUCUUAUUCGGGAAUCGUUCGUCUAAGACGUUUAAGCCGAAGAAGAAUAUUCCCGAAGGUUCUCAUCAGUAUGAGCUGCUCAAACAUGCUGAAGCCACGCUGGGCAGUGGGAACCUGCGGAUGGCCGUCAUGCUUCCUGACGGAGAAGAUCUGAAUGAAUGGGUGGCUGUCAACACGGUGGAUUUCUUUAACCAGAUUAACAUGCUGUACGGCACCAUCACGGAUUUCUGCUCGGAGGACAGCUGUCCGCUCAUGUCUGCAGGACCAAAAUACGAGUAUCACUGGGCAGAUGGGACCAACAUUAAGAAGCCUAUAAAGUGCUCGGCUCCCAAGUACAUUGAUUAUCUGAUGACGUGGGUUCAAGACCAGUUGGAUGACGAGACCCUGUUUCCUUCUAAAAUAGGUGUUCCCUUCCCCAAGAACUUCAUGUCUGUGGCCAAGACCAUCCUGAAGCGUUUGUUCAGAGUUUAUGCUCAUAUAUAUCAUCAACACUUUGACGCAGUCAUGCAGCUUCAGGAGGAAGCUCACCUCAACACGUCUUUCAAACACUUCAUCUUCUUUGUGCAGGAGUUUAACUUGAUCGACCGUAAGGAACUGGCGCCUCUUCAAGAGCUAAUUGAAAAACUCACAACGAAAGACAGAUAAACUGAGACAAGGAGGGGAAAAGAAGUUAACAAUGAAGAAACCGUGAUCCUGCUCUCUCUUCUGACUCUCCUUUCUAUCUUUUGCUUUGUAAUGAUGAUUUUAACCCCACGGCAUUGCUAGGUGAACCAUAGUGAAGUGAAGGAACUGCACAAUACUAAUAUUUCUAAAUAGAUCAAACCUGAUUUUUGGCAUUUGAUGACAAAAUGUUGCCUGAUGAAAUGGUUACAUAUGAUUUCAAGUCCUUCACAUUAUUGGUUUAGUUCGGUCACUGAAAGGGAGGGAUUUUGUCCUAUGAGAAUUGAACUUAGUACAGACUACAGUGAUCCGGUAUGCUGCCUGUGUUGGCAGUGAAUAGGUGAUUCGCUUUCUUUGACUAGUGUGAAUGUUAAAGCAGCGGUUAAUAAACAGAACUGCACACAUCCCGCGGAAGAACAUUCCAACCGGAGCUAC